UAUUCACCAUCUUUUGAACUCUGCAUUCCUUCUUCUCUUUCCCUACCCACCAACCCCAGCUUUCCCCCAAUCAACCGAAAAUUGCUUCACUCUAGACUGUCAAUGUCUUUCCAAUAACCAAAUUGAGCAACCCUUUCUUCACAUCCCUGAGGGUCUCUUUCCUUCCCUCUUAUUUCUUUUUCUCCUUAAUUAUCACUACCAUCUGCAACCAAGAAACAGUAAAGACCAAAUACAGUGAGAGAGAGAGAGAGAGAGAGACAAACAGUUUGUUAGCAGCUUUCCAACAUUUCUAGCAGAUUUAAGGGAGGCAAUAUUAUAAGGAAAUAUGGCCGACCAUGUUGUUAAUUCCCUCGUACAGUACUUGUCCCAGCAACUCGAAAAGGAAGCAAAUUUCUUUGGUGGAGUGCAGGAUCAAGUCAAGUCACUCCAUAGGGAGCUUAGGCUUAUACAUAUCUUCCUGGAGAGCUCCGUGGGGAAACGGAAUGAGCAUCCAAUAGUGAAGGAGGUAGUCGGACAGAUCAGGGAGGUGGCUUACGAGGCUGAGGAUGUUAUUGAUAUGUAUAUCCUCAAGGUUGCAGAGCACAGGAGGCGAAGCCUAGUGGAGAGGAUAUUUCAUAGCCCCAUGCACGCAAUGAUGCUUCGGGAAGUUCGAAAUAAGAUUGCAGACAUCGAGAAUGAAAUCAAUAAAAUCUACAACAACAGAGAAAAGUAUGGCAUUGAAAGAGCUACAGAGAGUGUAGAUGCAGCGGCGGCAGCGGCGACGGAGGCACUACACAAGCGUAGGAGAGAAGUUGAGGAAGAUGACGUGGUGGGCUUUGUUGAUGACACAUCGACACUAGUGAAGCAACUUACUGAAGGGGAUCGUAAGUGUGAUGUCAUUUCGAUCAUUGGAAUGGGAGGGCUGGGGAAGACAACUCUUGCACGGAAAAUCUACAACAAUGUUGGCGUCAAGAGGCACUUUGAGUGUCGUGCAUGGGUGUAUGUAUCUCAAGAUUUCAGAACUAAAGAGCUCUUGCUUAAAAUUUUGAAACAGAUGGAAAUAUCAGAACUGCAAAGGACAUUAGAAGAAGAAAUGGGUAUAAAAAUAUCAGAUUUGUGGAGGACACUAGAAGGCAUGGGUGUAGAAAAAUUAAAAGAGCACUUGUUCAAAUGCUUGCAAAGAAAAAGGUACCUAAUAGUCAUGGACGACAUCUGGAAAACUGAAGUCUGGGAUGAGGCAAGAACUGCUUUUCCUGAUGAUUGGAAUAGAAGCAGAAUAUUGAUCACCAGCCGCAUAAAAGAAGUAGCUUCACAUGCAAGCUCUACUCCUCCUUACUUUCUCCGAUUUCUUGACAAAGGCGAAAGUUGGGAGCUCUUUAGUAAGAAAGUGUUUCGGGGAAGAACAUGUCCUCCCGAGUUAGAAACUCCAGGGAGAAAAAUCGCAGAUGAUUGUCGGGGCUUACCACUUUCCAUUGUGGUUUUAGGGGGCCUUUUAGCAAAUAGAGAGAAGACAUCCCGAGAAUGGUCAAAAUUAAUUGACCAUGUAAAUUGGUACCUUACUGAGGCUAAUCCAAUCUGCAAAGACAUUUUGGCCUUAAGCUACACCAACCUACCUCGACGCUUGCAACCAUGCUUUUUGUUUUUUGGUGUAUAUCCGGAAGACUUUGAGAUCUCUGUAAGGCAAUUGAUCCACCUAUGGACAGCUGAGGGAUUUAUACAGCACACUGGCAAUAGAAGCAUAGAAGAUGUUGCCGAAGAUUACUUGGAGGAACUCAUUGAUCGAAGCUUGAUCCAAGUGAGUAGGAGGGCGACAGAUGAAGGCGUAAAGAAAUGUCGUAUUCAUGAUCUUCUGCGAGACCUCUGCAUAUCUAAGAGCAAGGAGGACAAAUUUCUUGAGCUACUUAGAGCUGGUAACCUUUCAUUCCCCAUCAAAUCUCGUAGGCUAUCCUUCAAUGGUGAUGGUAGCUUUCCUCAAUACAAUGUCCUAAACUUCUUUGAUCCUCCAUGUGCUCGUUCUUUGUUGUUCUUUGGCGAUAUCGGAGAUAGAGACUUGAAUUUGUUCGUCAAAAACUUCAAGUUGAUUCGGGUGCUUAAUUUGGAGUGUAUAGUACUCGACUCAAUUCCCAGAAGCAUAGAAACAAUGAUCCACUUGAGGUACUUGAGGAUAAAAUUUUCUUCUAUGGUAAGUGUUAUUCCUGAUUCAUUUGGUAACCUUAGGAAUCUAGAAACACUUGUCAUAGAGGGUGGACGUUUUUUGUCAGAUUGUCGAGUCAGUGGGAUAUUUAGGCUGCAGCGUUUGAGGAAUCUGUAUCUGGAUUGGUUCGCGCCUUACCUGUUGGAUGAAGUUCUAUGGAACCUCCAUGUCGUUUCCACUUCAACAAGUUGGCAUGUUGGAGAGCAAACUUUUGCUGUCACACUGGACAAGUUUCCUUGUGUAAGGGAACUAAAAAUACGAUUUAUCGAGAAGUACUGGAAUCUUGAAGACGAGAAGAAAGCCGCAGUAGAUUUUUUGGAAGGCGUUCACCAUUUACGUUAUCUUCAAAAAUUGAAAAUCGCGCACUUUCCAAGGCUUCCCAGUGAUUUGAGUUCAUUUCCAUUGACAAUCACUCAACUAACCUUAAGAGAUGUUGGGUUAGAAGAAGGUGGCAGCAUGACAGUGCUGGGAAACCUUCCCAAUCUUCGGAUAUUGAAAAUAAAAUAUUGUGACAGUAUUAGAAAUCUGCACGUCUUUGGAGAUCAUUCAUUUCCUAGACUUGAAGUCCUUAAAUUGGAACAUUUAAAAGAAGUUGAAGAAUGGAAACAAGAGGAAGGUGCAAUGCCAUGCCUUAGAUAUUUGGUUAUCGCCGGAUGCCUUGGUUUGACAAUGCUCCCUUCGGAACUAUGGAGUUUGACUGCCUUGCAAAAGGUGGAGUUCUUAGAUUGCAAUUUAGAAUUGACAAGGAUGCUUCGAGAAUUGCAGAUGACGGUUAGGUGUAAGCUAGUGAUCGGUUCAACUAAAUAUUACUGAUCCGUGGGUUCAAGUAAUGAUAUCAUCCAUUUUGCAGACUGAGAAAGCAAGACUUCAUCAUAUAUAAUAAUUUGUGGCUUGAUCCCAACCCUCUCCAGCAUUGCAUAAAUAGUAUUGGAGCUGGGCAUUCAGGCCUUAAACCUGCUGGGAAUGAAGCAACAGAGCUGGUGGUAAGGGCUUCACAAUCAAGAAUAUCAUGUAUUGCAUCUUCCUGCAUAUUGUAAAAUCAAACAACAUUCUUUUUCACUGCGAUCCCUUGUAAAGAGGAGGAACUCCAAUGUGAAAUAAUCUGGGCAGUAACUAUAUGCCCACACCUUCAAUUUUCCUACCUCGAAGAUGUACAAAAUGGUAAAUCACGUCUGUGGUGUU